AUGGCUCCUCCUUUCUUCUCCGAUAUCAACAAAGGUGUCAAUGAUCUGUUGAACAGAGACUUUUACCACACUUCCGUUGCUGCCGUGGAUGUCAGCACCAUUGCCAAGAAUGGCGUCAAGUUUGACUUGAAGGCUAAGCAAACCGUCAAGGAUGGUCCAUUGGCUGCGAACAUUGAGACCAAGGUCUCAGACAAGGCUACUGGGUUGACUUUGACCCAGGGCUGGUCCAACUCGAACAACUUGAACACUAAGAUCGAGCUGGCUGAUGUUACCCCUGGCUUGAAGACCGAGUUGGUCACCUCCUUGGUUCCAGGUGUGUCUAAGGCUGCCAAAUUGAACGUCAACUUUGUGCAACCAUUUUUCACCGCUAGAGGUGCGUUCGAUCUGUUGAAGGGGCCUUCUUUUGUUGGUGACCUGACUUUGGCUCACGAGGGCAUUGUCGGCGGUGCCGAGAUCGGCUACGACAUCACCGGCGGCUCUUUGUCUCGUUACGCGGUUGCUUUGGGUUACUCCGCUGGCGACUACUCGUUGGGUUUGUCCAUUGACAACGCUCAGUUGACCACUGUUUCCUUCUUCCAGAAGGUGAGCCCAAUCUUACAAGUCGGUGCCAAGGCCAUUUCCACUCCUAAGCAAUUGGCUAACGUCAACAUCGAGUUUGCUACGUUGUACUUGCCAGACCCAACUUCUCAGGUCAAGGCCAAGGUUGCUGACUCCGGUAUUGUCGCUUUGGCCUACAAGCAACAAUUGAGACCGGGCGUCACUUUGGGUGUCGGUGCUUCUUUCAACGCUUUGAACUUGUCCGAGCCAGUUCACAAGAUCGGUAGCUCUUUGUCUUUCUCCGCCUAG